GAUACUUGUUUGCCUGAAGAGAGAAGACAAGUUUGAAAGCAAAGUGUCAGACUAGAUCCCUCAUGUCAGACCUUUCUGGAUUUCUUCAUGGCUGUAGUGGGUCUGGAGAUUGCCAAAAACACAUGUUGCAGGAAUUCAUCCUAAGUGACUAGUGUUUGUGCCACACAGCACCAGAAAACCUCAGCUGCUGCCAAAAUGGAAAGAAAUUUGGCAUCAAAAUUGCCAACAAUGGGUGCAAAUACCAUACAAGAAGAAGCCAUAAAGCCAGCCAUAGCUUCUCUUGCAGGGACAGCUAAAUUAGCAUGUAUGUCCAAAAGGCCUCAGCCUCCUGAUAAAUACAGAUCUGAAAGGCCCUCAACAUCCAGGAGGUCUUAUAAAAGCCAGAUCUAUUCACAACAAUCAGGUGAAAAAAAGAAAGUGAAAGUGAGGACUGGUGAAAGUGAGCACUCAGACUCUGAACAAAGUGAUGAUGAUUCUGGACAUAGUGUACACAUACAGUCCUCAAAAACAAGCUCGAUGAGUCUUCAGAGCUCCUCUGCCAGCAGCAGCACCAUCAACAGUGUGAAGUCUGCUGCUGAAUUACUAGAGGAAGCAAAAGAAAUUGCAGGAGUUUUACCACAUGGGGCUGACCAGCAGAUGGUGCCAAAGAAAACCACAUCAGCGAAGAAAAGGCGCACAACAAACGAGACCAUUACUCCUUUGCAGAUUCCAUGCAAAGUUGGAUAUCUCUCUCCCUCAAUAAAGAUCAUUAAAGAGCUGACGAUGAGAAACAUAAGAUACAACUUUACAUCUGAUCAGGAGCAGCCCUUGGAGAUUAGCUGUCAGGAUAACACAACCAAACAAAGUGUAUUGUCAUUAUCACAGAACAAGGUAUUAUGCCAGAAGGAUCUGGUUAAACCACAACUGGUAGUCAACACCACCAAAAAGAAAGCUCUGUUAGAACCUCAGCAUUACCAACCUGUUUUAAGAGGAAGCUGCAAGAUUGAGACACCAGGCUCACUAACAGAUCCUAAACUCAGCUGCAAAGUGGAAAAUGGCUUCUCCCAGGGUCUCACCUCUCAGUUUUUGAAGGUGGCUGGUGUGAAUGUAUUGGAUGCUCAAAGUGGUAGUUUUGCUCUUGUCUCAAGACCACAAAGGGGACUGCAGCAAGCUAAAACCAACCAGGCCCUCUCACUUCUUGCUAAAUGGACUCCUAAAACUAAUUCAGGAGAAUAUAAAACCAUUCACCAUCUCUGUACCACCCAUGCCUGCCAAGUCCUGCCUUUGGAGCUGCAGCUGGCAUCCAGAGUCUGCCACACUCAAGACAUGUCCAAGACAACCCCAGUGUUUCACCAACAGAGGCCAGCACUCAGACACCUGGCUGCCCAGUCUGAUACACACAGGUCCAAAACAGCUAAUGUGUAGUGGAUGUAUGGAAAGGCUACUGCACUGGGCAGGCUUGCAGCUAUAAAUGACAGGAAAACCAGUUUUGUUAGUCAAUGUCUUUUUAGAAUAAAAUAGAAGAACACUC